UUUUGGGCAAUCCCUCGGACUUGGACCAGCUAUCAGGGCCACUGCCAGGAUGAUGGUACCUACCCAAGUGGAACCCGUUCCCGACCCUCAUCGCGCCCUUCUUCCCGCCCCUCUUCCCGCCCCUCUUCUGUCUAUGGGUUGGAUCUUUCUAUCAAACGGGACCUAUCCAGCUCCUCGCUUAGAUUAAAAACCGAAGGAGAGGUCCUAGAUGCAGCAUUUGCUCCAGGGGUGGCCAGAGCGAAGCCUACUAGUCUCCCUAUAAGUCAAAGUAGGGGACGCAUCCCCAUAGUGGCUCAGAACUCUGAGGAGGAAAGCCCCCUGAGCCCGGUGGGGCAGCCUAUGGGUAUGGCCAGAGCCUCGGCUGGACCUCUUCCUCCAAUCUCUGCGGAUUCCAGGGACCAAUUUGGGUCCAGCCAUUCCCUGCCAGAGGUACAGCAACACAUGAGGGAGGAAUCUCGGAUACGAGGCUAUGAUCGAGACAUUGCGUUCAUCAUGGAUGACUUGCAAGGCGCCAUGUCCGACAGAGAAGCUGGAGGCCCAAACUGGAAUAUAGAAGCCUACCACCUUAGAAGAGAGGACACAGAUUGGUUUGAUAAGCCAAGAGAAGGGGAUCCGCAGAGCGGAAAUACAUCAGACAGGAGACAGGUGAGAUCCGAGCUGCAAAAUAGGUCCAACACAUACAGCCACUAA